AUGGCUCUCUUAUCGCCAAUCAGCAUCUACGCUGUAAUUUUUUAUAGUCUCCAGAUCAUCUUUGGCAUUCCUGGCAACGUCCUCAUCAUCACUGUAUAUUACAAGAAGAAGCGGAAGAUAAGCACCGACAUCCUGAUAAUUGCCCAAGGUAUUAUCGACCUUGCAGCAUCCCUACUCGCACCGAUAAACAUCAUCAAUUCGGUCUCCGAUCAAUUUACAGUCAAGGUGGUUUGUCGUAUAGCCCUCUUCGGCAUCAACUCGCUAGCCUUCGCCUCUCUGUUCCUGACCGCAGCGAUCGCCAUUGACCGCUUCUUCUACGUCUGCCGGCCGUUUGGAAAGCGGACGUCGAAUAAACGCGCGCUGGUCCUGGGGGUCACCUGUUGGGUUCUCGGAAGCUCUCUGACAUGCACAAAGCUCAUCUAUGUGGAUGCAGUUACGUCCAGCCGCGGGGAAAUCACCUGUCUCGUGGUGGACGUCUAUGACUUCUUAGAUACUCUCGAGGCAUGGCUGAAGACAUCAGGUUUCGUCUUUGCUUUGGUUACGAGCGUUACAAUGUAUGGCAAAAUAUACAUGGCCAUUAGAAAGCAGGCCAAAGUACAUGCUCAGCUUACAGGGGGCAUCUCGAAUACAUUGUUCCCAGCUAAUUUUUCCCAGCCACCAUCAGGUAGUAGUGGUCUUCAAUCAUCUCCUAGUGAACCAUUGGAUAAGACUAUUACAAGCGACGUAGACCUGCAAAUAAGAAACCCAUCAAAUCACUUGCUGAUAAACAGUUCUUCUCCAAAAGACCUCUCUGGCACCCUGUCAGUUUCAGGUACCGUUGAUCAGAGGUCACACACUCAUCCUAAACCGAAUGCCUCCGGACCGAGUUGUCCCAGACCAAAGCUAUCUGACCGCGGCGAGAACAGAACAACGAAGAUGUUGAUGGCAGUGACGACAAUACUCCUUGCUUCAUGGCUGCCACCCAUUGUCUUUUUCCAUCUUCGAGACAGCACUCUGGAGAUCAUCGAGUCCUCCAUCACGGCCGAUACCCUGGUUUACAUCGGCAAACGACUACCAGGCAUCAAUCACAUUAUCAAUUACUUUGUAUAUACUCUCAUGAACAAGCGGUUCCGUAUGGAUUGCAAGCGUCUGUUUAGGAGCUAA